AUGGCAUCUUGUAGGUCCACAGGCACUUACGUCGACGCAGUCCCACCACCUGGGACGAACGUCGUCAGUGGCCGAUGGCUCUACAAGGUGAAGCGGCCGCCUGGAUCACCACGUGUGUUCAAGGCGCGCUAUGUGGCGAGAGGCUUCACCCAGCACGACUACGAGUUGCACUCCUUGGACUUCUCCACCGCGUUCCUUCAGGGGAGCCUGCACGAGCAGAUCUGGCUGCGUCGCCCGCCUGGCUUCACUGGCUCUUUCCCACCUGGGACCCAGUGGCAGCUGCGUCGACCAGUCUACGGCCUGCGUCAGGCUCCACGUGAGUGGCACGACACACUUCGCUCGACCCUUGCAGCGCUUGACUUCUUUCCGUCGUCUGCUGACCCGUCACUGUUCGUUCGCUGUGGUUCGACCCCGUUCUUUGUCCUGGUCUACGUCGACGACCUGGUGUUCGCCACUCCCGACCGACGCGCGCUGGCCUCCGUGAAGGAGGAACUGCAGAGGAGACACACUUGCACUGACCUUGGUGAGCUGCAGCACUACCUUGGCCUGUAG